AUGCUGCACACGCAGGUGAUGAACCUCCUGGAGUGGAUAUCCACCAAAAUCAGGGGCACGAGCAACGAAAACAGAAUAUACCUAAUCUCCAACUUUGAGGUGACCAAGGAAAACCACGAGCAGUACAUAAGGAAGGCCCAGGAGAAGCUGAAGGAAGAAGACCUUAACAUAGAUCUCAUAUUUGGGAAAAAACACAAAAAUGAAAUACGCACAGCAAAAUACAAACUGUAUAGCUUCCUACCACUAAUCGUUUUCUUUCAAUUCCUACGAUUGGGAAAUUUGUACUUUCUUUCCAUCUCCAUGCUGCAACUCAUCCCCGAAAUCACAGACUCGAAGGGAAUGCCCACCUACCUCAUCCCCCUGGUCUUCAUCAUCGUGGUCGCCAUGAUAAAGGAAUUUUUUGAAGACCUACAGAGGCAUAAAUCAGAUAAUGAAGAGAACAGCAAAAAGACCAUGGUCUUUCAAGAGGGCAUUUUGAAGGAGAAAAAAUGGGCAGAUGUGAAGGAUGGAGAUGUAGUAAAAAUAUUUUCCUAUGAGUACUUCCCUGCCGAUUUAAUUAUCCUCAAUUCGUCAAACAAAAAGGGAAUCGUUAAUAUUGAAACGAAGAAUGUUGAUGGAGAGUCGAACGUGAAACAGAAGUAUUGCCUUCCAGAUGUUGCCAAAUACUUUCAGGAUGAUAAACAUGCUGGGUACUGCCAGGCAGAGUUAAUAAGUGAAAGUCCAAAUGAUAAUAUUUUUGAUUACAAGGGGCAUAUGCUCUUGCCUCCUCUGCAAUAUAAGAAGGAGGGAGGACAGCUAGUGCACUUUUACGAUGCCUAUAAGGGGGGAGCCCCUUCUGGGGAGGACCAACUUGGGGAUAAAAAUAGGAGGAAAACGGAAAGGGGGAAAAUAAGCAACUGCCACACGGAUGAACAUAAUGACGAAGUAGCCACCCCUGGGUGGAGGGACAAACAGGGAAGUGGCUCCUUUUCGGGGAGCCACACCAAGGAGGAUCACCUCAGCGCAGAACGCACAGCUGUGCAGGUCACCAUAGAUAACGUAGUCCUCAGAGGAACAUCCCUCGUAAACACCAAGUGGAUCUACGGACUGGUUAUCAACACGGGCAAUAGAACCAAGCUGAUGAAGAAUGCCUCCACCAAGUCCAGGCAAAAGUGGUCGAGAUUAGAAUUCGUUUAUGGCAACCAUGUGAUUGUCCUCAUCAUAUGCCAAGUGCUAAUUUCCUUCAUCGUUGCAAUUGCGGGUGUCCUAUGGAUGAGGAGAAAGGGCUACAAUUUGUGGUACUUAAAUCUGGGCCAUCAGGCAGAUAGCCUCAAAACGUUUUUCAUCACCAUUGGAUCUAUGAUUCUCCUCUUUGGGUCCUUCAUCCCAGUGGAUCUUCUUCUAAUUUGGGAGGUCGUUCGCCUUUUGCAAGGGUACCUAAUAAAUUGGGACAACGACAUGUACAGCGCCAAGUGUGGCAGGCACGCCCUCAGCAAGGCUGGGCAGCUCCUUGAAGAAAUGGGCAACAUCACGCACAUCUAUUCGGACAAGACCGGCACGCUCACGCAGAACAUCAUGCAGCUGCAGAACAUCGGGCUGGGGAACAAGGGCAUCUACGGCUUCUACGAUUUUAGCAACAUCAGGGAGAACAUCCUGCGCAGGCGCGGGGGGGGGAGCGGCGGAAGCGGUGGAAGUGGUGCAAGCGGUGCAAGCGGCGUGAGCGGCGGGAUGAGUGGCUUGUGCGGGAAGAGCCAGCGUGACUGGAGGAAUCGCCGCGGCGGGGAGGACCUGCCCACCAGGGACAGCGCCGACCCCAGCCUCAGCUCGGAGGACGGCAGCGGCGAGUCCUGCGAACUGCCGCCCCUCACGUGGUCCAAGACCUCCGUCAACCCCCACAAGGAGAAGAAGAGCCUCAUGCACAGGAACAGCCUCACCAGCGAGCACGCCGCCGCGGACGUCUACGCGGAGGACGACUUCCAGAGGGGCGAAAACGAGUUCGUCUUCUUCAACAGGAUCCUCUUCGUCAACAAGAUCUACAGCAUCCGGGGCGACGUGGAGGACCAGGUGCACUUCCUCCUCCUCGUGCUCAGCCUCUGCCACAGCGCGAUGAUACGGAACGUGGACAUCGACGAGGUGGGCGGCGCGGCCAACGCGGCCAGCGAGCCGAGCGAAGCCAGGGAAGCCAGGGAAGCGAACGAAGCGGGUGAACGUGCUGCAGACAUGGUAGUAAAUGAGGCGGAUGGACCUGCUUCGGGCGAGGGAGGGGCCCCCCCCGCCCGCGCCCCCUCCGGCGAAGGCAACCCCGAGAAGACCAAAAUAUUCGACCGCGAAACGAUGAUCAAUUACACGUACCUCACACAGCCGCAGCCGCAGUACGACGCCAGCUCGCCGGACGAGUUGGCCCUAAUCAGCACGGCGCUCUACCUGGGCUGCGAAUUCGUGAAUAGACCCAACCUGACGACGAUCGAAAUUGAGCUCACGUCCACCUUCGCCCAGAGGUUCAUCCUGGGGGAGAAGGCCUACAACGACUUUCUGCAGAAGAAGGGCUACUACGAAGACAACUUUGAUGUGUGUUUCCCGGAGGUGGGCUCUUCCCGGGAGAGGAGGCGGGACCCCCGGCUGAGCGAUGCCCCAGGGAGGGAAAGCGGCAAUAUGGGGAGCGCCAACAAGGAAAGCGGCAUCAAAGAAAGCGCCAACCUGCACGUAGCCAUCCCCAUGAAGAACCUCUUCACAGCGAACAGGGCAAACCCGAAGGAGGAGGCCAAACGCGAGGGGGAAAAAAACAACCGGGUGGUCGUGCCCAUUCUGGCCUACGAAAUACUAGACGUCUUCGCAUUUGACAACGUGAGGAAGCGCAUGUCCCUAAUUGUAAAAAAUGAAAAGAAAGAAAUCUACAUGCUAGUCAAAGGAGCAGACACCAGUGUGUUGAAGCUAGCGGCGAAGAACCAAGAGCACAUAGUGGACCACGUGAUGUACCAGCUGAAUGCAUUUGCCACCUCCGGGUUGAGGACCCUCGUCUUGGGGUAUAAACACCUCACCGAGGAAGAAUUCGCCAACAUGUACCAACACCAUGUGGAGGCAAGAAAAAAAUCGGAGCAGCGCAAAGAGGGUGAAGACUAUUUGGGAAAGUUCUACGAUGAAGCAGAGGCCAAUUUGAUUAUCAUUGGCUGCACCGGGAUAGAUGACAAGCUGCAGGAUGACGUCCCCCAGGUGAUACAGGACUUGAGAGACGCGGGGAUGACCAUCUGUGUACUCACUGGGGAUAAAUUAGAGACGGCCAUAAACAUAGGACACUCAAUUAACAUAUUAAAUAAGCAAACCUACAAUGCGGUGUUCACCGAGACAGACCCAAAUGUCCUAUUAGAGCAAAUGAAAAUUCAUGAAAGGAACACCAACGCAGCGAAUCUGCUCAAUGUAGACCACGGAACUAAGUGGUGGAAUAGCGUCAAUUGGGAAAACCUAAAUUUAGAUCUACGGUCAGAAACGAUUUUAAAUUUUAUGAAAACUAAUUUUUAUGGGUCCAUCAAGAAGAGCGUCAUCUCGUCUACCAACAUGUAUAACUUGAGGAACGAAAACUCCCUGCCAGAAUUGGCCAAACAGGAAAAGAUAUUUAACUCCUUCCUUGAGUCUAGCGAAUCCUUUGCUAAUAAUUGCAACGAUGUGGAGAAGGCCAAAGGUAAGGACAAGGUGCACUACUCUCAAUUUUCUAUAACCAUCACGGGGGAAGCACUGGACGAAAUUAUGAAGAGCAAAAUUUUAAAAAUAAAAUUCUAUACCCUAGCUAGGAGUGCAUCUACUCUCAUUGCUUGUAGAGUCACUCCUAAGCAAAAGUCCCUUUUGGUCAAAGAAAAUUCUGCUUUCAAUCCUAGGGGGACCUCCUUAGCCAUUGGAGAUGGGGCAAAUGAUGUGGGCAUGAUUCUGAUGGCCAAUGUGGGUGUAGGAAUUGCUGGAAAGGAGGGGUUACAAGCAGCCAGGUCCUCCGAUUUCACCAUAAGCGAAUUUAAGUAUUUAAAAAAAUUACUCUUUGUUCAUGGGAGGGAAUCUCUAAGAAGGAAUUCCUUCCUAGUCUAUUUUUGCAUUUUUCGAAAUGUGAGUUUCUGCCUCUGCUCGAUGGUUUUGAAUUUCUGGACCGGUUACAGUGCCAUCGAUGCGUGGAACCCCUGGACCAAGCAAAUCAUUAACAUCGCGUUUACUUCCCUCCCGGUUAUCUUUUUCGUUGCUCUGGAUAAGCAGCUCCCGCACCGCAUACUCUUGAAAAACCCGCUCCUAUACGAGACCUCUCCGUCUACCUUAUGGCCGCUCUACUCCAAUAAGAGGAUCGAAUUCUACACCGAGAAGAUAAAGCAGGUGUACAAAAGCAUUUUCCACUUUUGCCUCAUCCCCUUUAGAUUAAUUCCUUUUUUCCAAAAAUCGACGAACAAAAUGAAGGCCUGGAUUGGCAAACGGUCUAAACCGGAGAAGUACAGAUCGUAUGGCACUCAUUACCUCUUCGUUUACUUACUCUUUGCAAUUUGGCUAGCUACAGUGGAAACCAUCAUCAUGCUGCACUUUGCCACUGGUCAGGCGGAUUCUCUAAAGGAGGAACAACAUAACGUAGAUAUUGACUUUCAUACCUUUUCACAAAUUCUCUACACCCACCACGUCAUAGCAGUCAAUGCAGUCGUCGUGCUGCUUACCAACACGUGGUUCGUCAUUUCGCACAUUGUCCUGUGGAUGGAAAUCGUCGCCACGUUCUUCUUCUGGUUCAUCGUGAGCAAUACGAAACUGUUCUUACAUAUCAUGGGGGCUGAUGAAUUGCAUGGCACAUUUGAGAAGGCCCACUCCUCAGGCAAUUUCUACCUCGCCAUGUUCGUCUCUCUCUACGUUUCUCUCCUGCCACUCAUUCUCCUUAUGACGUACCAGUUUAUGAAGAAGCCCACCAUGGAGCAAAUUGUCUUGGAGCAACUGAAGCUGGGGAAGUUUGAGGGCCUCCGGAAAUACGAAGUUAAGAAGCUCGCCUACAUUGACAGCAAGAACAGCUCCCAUGUCUUCUCGCACAAGGGCUUCGCCUUCGCCGUCGAGGCCAAGGAGGCCUUCUGGGGCCUCGUGCAGAAGGCCAUCUACAAAAUUAAGAUUCCGCUCGCCAAGGCAGAGGGGCAGAAGUGA